AUCGAUCCCGUCCCUUCCCUACUUAGGGACGUUUCGCAAGGCGUGCAACCUGCGAGGGUGGAGAUCACGGAGGAGUACCGAAACCGACUGCUAAAAUGAACGAGAGCGAGCAGCAGCUGCCCCUUACCGAGUACGAUUUCGAGCGACACUUUGACGAGAGAGUCGCUAUCCAGUGGAUGCAGCAAAACUGGAGGAAAUCGUUCGUGUUCUGCGGUCUCUACGCGGCUCUCGUCUUUGGGGGCCAGUACUUUAUGAGGCAGAGACCCAAGCUGGACCUACGGAAGCCACUAGUGCUGUGGUCACUCAGCCUAGCCAUCUUUAGCAUCAUCGGGGCUGUGCGGACCGGCUGGUACUUGCUGCACGUCCUACACGCCAGCGGCUUCAAGCAGUCCGUCUGCGACCAGGGCUUCUACAGUGGGCCGGUCAGCAAGUUCUGGGCCUACGCCUUCGUCGUCAGCAAGGCUCCUGAGCUAGGCGACACGGUGUUCAUUGUCCUGCGGAAGCAGCGCCUCAUCUUCCUGCACUGGUACCACCACAUCACCGUCCUGCUCUACUCCUGGUACUCCUACAAGGACCAGGUUGCAGGUGGGGGCUGGUUCAUGACCAUGAACUACCUGGUGCACGCCCUCAUGUACAGUUACUACGCCGUGCGGGCGGCCGGCGUGCACCUGCCUCGCCCCUGCGCCAUGGUGAUCACCGCCAUCCAGAUCACGCAGAUGGCCAUGGGGCUGGCCAUUAGCGCUCUGGUCUACCGCUGGAUGCAGGAAGGCCACUGCCCCUCCCACCUGGACAACAUUGUGUGGGCCACCCUUAUGUACCUCAGCUACUUACUCCUCUUCUCCUCCUUCUUUUACAAGUCCUACCUCAAGGGCAAGGGCAGUAAGGGGGGCAAAGAAGACUAA